UCAGCCAUAGACAGAAGAAGGUUGGAGUGACUGAACGCUUGAGUGGUCGGCUUUUUAUUUUCAUUUUUCCUUUGAUUUUGUGCUUUCGUUUGUCUUCAAAAUGGAGAUGGAGAAGAGGAUCAGUUUGGAGUUGAGGAACAAGACCCCAGCCGAGGUGGCUGAGCUGGUGGUGGACAACUGUCGGUCCAGUGAUGGAGAGGUGGAAGGGCUGUCAGAUGACUACAAGGAGCUGGAGUUCCUCAGCAUGGUCAACGUGGGGCUCACCUCCCUGGCUAAGCUGCCCUCCCUGCCAAAACUGCUCAAGCUGGAGAUCAGUGAUAACAUGAUCGUUGGAGGUCUGGACCAGCUGUCUGAGAAGUGUCCCAACCUGACAUAUCUCAACCUGAGCGGCAACAAGAUCAAGGAGCUCAGCACUGUGAAGCCUCUGAAAAACCUGAAGAACCUGAAGAGUCUGGACCUGUACAGCUGUGAGAUCACCACUCUGGAGGACUACAGGGAGAGUGUCUUUGAGCUGCUGCCCCAGGUCACCUUCCUGGACGGCUAUGACCACGAAGACAACGAGGUGCCAGACUCCGAGGCUGACGAUGAUGACAACGAGGGGCUAGACUCAGAGGCUGAUGAUGAUGACGAGCACACAGCCGGCCCCACCAGAGAUGGGGACGAGGAUGAUGAGGAUGAUGAGGGUUCCGAGGGCGAAGAGGUGGGACUGUCCUACCUGAUGAAGGAUGGCAUUCAGGAUGAGGAAGAUGAUGAUGACUAUGUUGAAGAGGAGGAGGAAGAGGAUGGAGUAGGAGUCCAGGGAGAGAAAAGGAAGAGGGAUGCAGAGGACGAGGGAGAUGACAGCGAUGGAGAUGACGACUAGCCCCUCCUGUAACAGAGCAUGGGAUCACAACUAGGCUAGAACAACAGGAACAGGAAAUAGUUUGUGAAUUAUUUUGUUUGUAUACCAUAGAUAUUACUGUAGAAUCUAAAUGUUUAAUUUGUUUUGUAAAUGUUCCAUACAAAAAGAAAAGCGGGUUGGAAUUAUAAAA